AUGGGCGGUUACAACACCCGCCUGCCGAGGCCAUUUUUUCUUGUGCCUCUAUCUGCUGCCGGUGCUGCUGCUGCUAUUUAUGUUGUUGUUGUUGUUGUUGUUGUUGUUGUUGUUGUUGUUGUUGUUGCAAAGUACACCUGCGGCAGGGCUUGUGACCCUGGCGUUAGGGGCUGA